ACCUUGGUAGUGCUGAGAGCAUAAAUCCAACGUGUUUCUGUUUACAUGAGAUUAAAGACACGCGUGGCUCCAACCGGAGGAGGCUUCAUAUUUUUUAUGGUUUUAUGGUUUUAUUUUAUGGACUGAUGUGUUGUUAAAGUACCGGGUGGAGCAGCUGGCUGAGGCCGUCUGUCGUUAACAUUCUCCCGGGAAAUAAACGCGGUUAGCCCGGUGGCUAAUCCAGAAAACACACGUUAGAGAGGGUCUGCAGAGAUGUUGUUGUUGUUGCUGACGUUUCUUCUCGCCGUUCGUCUUUGCGGCGCUGCGACGGUGGUCCCUGAAUGCACCACAGAGAGCAGCUCUGCGGUGCGUUCACUGUCCGCCGGGGUGGACGCUCUGAGGGCCGAGCAGAGCCAGAGACAGCACCUGGAGGCUCUGUUCAACAGAUAUGGAGAGAACGGCAGCAUCUCUUUAGCCGGGUUAAAGCUCCUCUUACAGAACGUAGGUUUGGAUCGAAACCGGAGCGUUACGGUGCAACAUCACGAGAAACCUGGCCAUCAUCAACAUCAUCAUCAUCAUCAGGAAGAAAACCCCCACCACCACCAUCAUCAUCACCACCAUCAUCAUCAUCACCACAACAACAACAACUCCCACACACACAAGUCUCCAAAGACCUCGGAGGUGUCCAAAGAUCAGGACAGUUUGCAGGACAGGAAGAGCGUCUCCUCGGCGGUUUUCAGCGCGCAAAUGAUGGUGAAAUCGGACGAGAAUCAGGAGACGAACGGGACUCCUGAAGAACACGAUCAUGACCACAAUAUUCCCCAUAACCACAGCGAGGGCAGUGUGGAGUGCCUGAACGCCUCCACUAUCCUCUCCUCUCACGGCAUGUCUUCAGGAGGAAGCGUCUCCUUCGCUGACUUCAGCUUCCUCUGCCCGGCGCUCCUCCACCAGAUCGACGACGGAGCCUGCAUCCGGCACAGAAGCAACAAACAUGUUGUUCAUGUUCACGUUCACCAGGGGAACCAAAACGCCUCGGAGCAGGACGACCAACCCGGAGGAGACAUCGCCAAAAACGUUGCCAUCGCGUGGGUCGGGGGCUUCCUCUCCAUCACGGUGAUCAGCCUGCUCUCGCUGGCCGGAGUCGUUCUCAUCCCGCUGAUGAACAAAGUUUUCUUCAAGUUCCUGCUCAGCUUCCUGGUGGCGCUGGCCGUGGGGACGCUGAGCGGAGACGCCUUCCUGCACCUCAUCCCGCACUCUCAGGGCGGCCACCAUCACCACCACGAGGAUUCUGGGAUGAAUGAUUCGGGACACGAGCACCACGAGGAGGAGAACCUGGACGGCGUUUGGAAAGGUUUGACGGCUCUGAGCGGCGUGUACAUCAUGUUCCUGAUCGAACACUUCCUCACGCUGGGGAAGAUGUACAAGGACAAGAAGCAGAAGGUCCAGAAGAACGAUAAAGCAGAUGCAGAGAAGCAGCCGGCGCUGGAGGACCUGAAGCCGGCUGAAGAGGUGGAAACUAACGGCGCGGCGAUGUUCGGCGCCCCGUCCCUCGCCCUGCGGGGGGGCAGCGAGGCCGAGGAGCAGCAGGUGAUGUUAGAGCCCGAAGUUUCCAUCGUUUCGGCUCCAGAAGAAUCCGUGGACUACACGGCGGAGGACUGCGAGAACAAAUGCCACUCCCACUUCCACGACACGGUGGGAAACGCAGACCGGCAGCACCACCAUCACCACGACUACCACCACAUCCUGCACCACCACCACUCCCAGAACCACCACCCCCACUCCCACUCGCACUCCUACUCCGAGCAGCACUUCCAGCAGGCCGGCGUGGCCGCGCUCGCCUGGAUGGUCAUCAUGGGGGACGGGCUGCACAACUUCAGCGACGGCCUCGCCAUCGGCGCUGCCUUCACGGAGGGUCUGUCCAGCGGCCUCAGCACCUCCGUGGCUGUGUUCUGCCACGAGCUGCCUCACGAGCUGGGGGACUUUGCGGUGCUGCUGAAGGCGGGAAUGACGGUGCGUCAGGCCAUUCUCUACAACGGGCUGUCGGCCUUGAUGGCGUACCUGGGCGUGGUGAUCGGUAUAUUGAUCGGACAUUACGCGGAGAACGUGUCCAUGUGGGUCUUCGCCCUCACAGCCGGACUCUUCCUGUACGUGGCGCUGGUGGACAUGGUUCCUGAGAUGUUGCAUAACGACGCGGGCGAUCACGGCUUCAGCCACUGCGGCUUCUUCCUGCUUCAGAACGCCGGCAUCCUGCUGGGUUUCUGCAUCAUGUUGCUCAUCGCCGUCUUCGAGCACAAAAUCCAGCUGGACCUGGGAUACUGACGGAGACGAGGUUCCCCCUGAAACCCUGACAUCACUCAUGUCAUCACUUCCUGUCCCCUGCUCUCGAAGUCAAUGGUUUUCUGGAUGUGUUUUUGGUUAUUAGCCUGAAAUAAGGUGUGUGGAAAAGUGAAUUUAAAAACGGAGGAUGCUAACAAGUGUCUAAAUGAGACGACUGAACAUCAUCACGCUUAACAUUAGCCGCCUUUAGCUUAGCGGUGGUGACGUGCUGUAGUUUCUUUAUGACAUCAUAAACUUCAGUUUGACACAGACAUUUUUUUUCUCUGCAAUAAUCCAAAAUCACAUGGAGGAAUCCCAUUGGACCGGGGAGAUGCUGCCUUCAGGGUCCAACACAGAAAUAGGUCAUCACUGUAUUCAGUGUGUCUGUCAGAAGUGUAGUGCUUUAUUUUUUUAUUUGUUAUAGACCUUAGUAAGCUUUGUUUAGCGUGUGUUUCCACAUGAAGCGGGAAGGAGCACCAGUUCAAACACAGAAAUGUUGCACAGGAAGUUGCCAUGUCUCGAGACUCAGAUAGAAGCUUUUUAUUUUCUUGGACAGCUGUUAAAAGUCCACAUAAAAAGCUCUUGAGGCUGAUUGGAUCCAUUUUUAAAAAUAUAUUUACUAAACUAUCAAGGUUUUUUUUCACCCCAUAAUAUCAGAUUUUGUCGUUUUUAUAAUGUUUAAAUCACAUUAUAAAAUCAUGAUUAAAGAAUCUGAAAAAUGUACGAUAUUAAAAACUGACGCUUAAAACUAAAAUAUGUUAAAAUCGGGAUAUUUGAAGUGCUUCUGCUUUCCUUCGUUGAUGAGAGUAAAAGUAGCUAUGACUUUAGCAUGAGAGCUUGGUUAGCACGCAAAGGAUUAUGGGAGACUGUAUACUUGACGAUCUGAUUGGACCACGAAAUAAUAACAAAACAGCUGGGAGUAGCCAUGUUGAAACGGUUGCCUUUUUUCUAGAAACAGAAAUAAAUUAAUUAGUUUUUGUUGAUGGAAAUAUUACCAAAUAUUAUAAGUAUUGUCAUGGACGCGGGAAGGGGGGGUGCUGAGGGGGCUGCAGCACCCCCAUCUGCGAGGCUCCACUAGCACCCGCACCCCCAAACGUGGCGCACCUACAGUGUA